UUUUCAUGCUGAACUCUGCUGGUUUAUUGAUACCUAUUUAUGAUGAUUUUCCUGAUGGUUACAAAUCUAGAGUUUGCUAUAUUAUAAGACUUAAACCAGUUGAAAUUACACACGAUAACUGUGAUUCGGUACUUUUGUGUGGAGAAGUGUCACCAAACCCUAUUGAAGAUUUAAAAGUGAUCACUGAAAACGUAAGUGCAAACGUAUAAAUAAGUACAACAUUGUUGAAUAAUAUUGUAGGUAGUCUUGAUUAAAUUCAUUUAUGAUUAUCUUGAAUAGGCUUUGUUGAAUUUAUUUUCUAACAAAGAGAACUUUUUCAAAAACUGUUCCGAUGACAUUAUAGUGGAAGUACAAGACAGACUAAAUGAUUUUCUUACAAACAUAAUUCACAUGUCAGGACAGACGAAAAAUAACACAAAAUUGACAUUACCUUAUGGCUAUGAGAACAUGACUACUGCUUUAAAAACCGCUGAAAUGAGUGAUGGAAAAAUUAUUGAUGAAGUGUUAAAACAAAGAUUAGAAAACAAAGUGUACGCUUGGUUCAAAGAAAUGAAAACAAUGGUAGCGCUCAAACCAGAUGUGAUUUUGGAGAAAAAUCCCGCGGCGUCGCCUGCCCAAUACAUUGAUUUCUGGACAAAUCGAGAAAAACAAUUUAUUCAUUUUUACGAACAACUUGACGAACAGAUUGGACAUUUCUUAACUAUUUCAAAAAGUCCAUGUAUGGAUAUUUAUAGGCAAAUAAUAGAAAAAACUGUGUCUGAAAAACGAGAAGCAAAUCUAAUUAAUAUGUUUUUAUCGACACUGAUUAAGCACAUCAAUACGAUAGAAGGAGAUGGUUUGGUCGAGUCGAAGGUAGAAUUAUGUGUUUUAUGGAGAAAAUUGGCUUGUAUAUGGAUAAAUUGUCCAAAUUUUCAAAAUUAUAAUUACUUAAUUAUCUUGAUAAAAGUAUUAUGCAAUAUGGUUAUGGCUGAGUCUUCAAGAUAUUUAGAGCCGACCGCUCUAUUUCAGGGCGAACUAGCGGAGAACUUAGCUAAGAUUUAUGAUAUUCUAGACAUAAUAAGUUAUUUCAAGUAAUUAAUUUUCAUACAUAUUAACAUAUUACAUAAAUAUUGUCUUAAUAUUUUGUUAAAAUGUAUUAUAUAGAUAUCAAUUUAAAUUUACUCAAUCGGAAUAUUUUACGGAACAAAUUGAUAAAUUCUGUAAUUCCGUUUCACGUAAAUACAAGCCACGUUAUUGGAACUUCCAUGCUAAUGAUAUUUUUCAGAGUCUUAACGCAUUUGAAGAUCGGUUAAACUGC